GGCUAGCUCCGCCCACGGCGCGAGGCUCCUCCACAUCCGGUGCAGACCUGCGGGUUUUGGGCUUUCUACCAUGUCGCUGUGCGAGCGAGCUGCUAGCGGGAGCGCCCUGCUCUGGCCUCGCGUGUUGCUCUUCGGGGACUCCAUCACGCAGUUUUCUUUCCAGCAGGGUGGAUGGGGCGCGUUGCUGGCUGACAGACUAGUCAGAAAGUGUGAUGUUCUGAAUCGUGGAUUUUCAGGUUAUAAUACCAGAUGGGCCAAGAUUAUCCUCCCAAGACUUAUCAGGAAAGGGCCUGGGAUGGAAAACCCAGUGGCCAUUACAAUCUUCUUUGGUGCCAAUGACUCUUCACUCAAAGAUGAGAACCCCAAGCAGCACGUCCCCUUGGAUGAGUACAGUGCGAACCUGAGGGACAUGGUGCAGUACCUGAGGUCUGUGGACGUCCCCAGGGAGCGGGUUAUCCUUAUCACGCCACCCCCGCUCUGCGAAGCCGCCUGGGAGAAGGAGUGCGUCCUGAAGGGUUGCAAGUUAAACCGCCUGAACUCAGUUGUUGGUGAAUAUGCAAAUGCAUGUUUACAAGUAGCCCGAGACUGUGGGACUGAUGUCCUUGACCUGUGGAGCCUGAUGCAGAAGGACAGCCAGGACUUCUCAUCCUAUUUAUCAGAUGGCCUGCAUUUAUCACCAAUGGGAAAUGAGUUUCUGUUCUUACACCUCUGUCCACUGCUGGACAAGAAGGUCUCAUCUCUGCCAUGGCUGCUUCCUUACUGGAAGGAUGUGGAGGAAGCGAAGCCCGAGCUGAGUCUGCUAGGAGAUGGAGACUAUUAGCCUGGGAGACAUUCCCAAAAAUGAAUGGCUCGUAUCAUUCACCAAACAUUCUGUGAACACGUGCGUAGCUUUAUUAGUAAUUCACAGACAUUGAGAGAUUGAUUAAAUGUCUUUUCCAAGCUUAA